AUGUCCUCCCCUCGAGAUAACCGGAAAAAGCCACCUCCUUCGUCGUCGUCUGACAAUCGCAAGAAACCGCCUCCACCGGCUCGUACAGCCGCCCCUUCUUUGAUGGGUGACGCCUCUCUGCCUGGGGCAUUUCCUCAGGGAGGAGGAUUAGGAGCCGAUAUCGAAAUGUCACCCAUGUCCCGUCGACUCAGCGCCGAGAAUUUCAAGAACAACUCCCGACCAACAGGCGAAAGCCGACCAGGUGCCGUGGCCAUGUCGGGUAUGGCAAGUGGCGGCGGUAGCAGCAAAGAUCUCAAGAGCGAAAGCAGCAAGACGGAUUCCACGCGAGAUACGGAACCGUCUGUGAAUGAUGACAAUGGUGCGUUGGUAGUAAUGAUGCCACCACCGGAUGAAGGCCUGGAAGAUGAUUACAUGAGGCGGAAAAAGAUGACCAUGGCGACUGCUGUUGGCUUCCUGGUGAUUAUAGCCAUUAUCAUUGUCGUGGUGGUCGUCGUCGUUGCAACUGGUAGCUCGGAAGACGACAACGCCAUGGCCCAGGUAGAACCAGAUAAAGGCAACACUCUCGAUCCUCGGUUGCUCAUGCCCAGUUUGCCCGAUGCAACCGUGGAUGCUAUUGUGAAUGAUCCUCAUUCCGCACAACACCAGGCAUAUGAUUGGUUGCUGCGAGAUCCAACGCUAGCAGACUAUGAAGAGUGGAGGCUGCUGCAAAGAUUCGUCUUGGUUGUUCUGUAUUAUGCCUUUGAUGGUCCUGAUUGGAGCCGGGUGGCCAUGAAGGUCACGAGAUAUCGGGACUACCGGUUUCCUGAAUGCACGUGGGGAGAACCUUUCUACGGGGACUAUUGCAAUGAAAAUGGACAAGUGGUUAGGUUGGCUUUUCAAAAUAUUCGUCAACUAGACCCCAUUCCCCCCGAAUUGUCGUUGCUGUCCAACUUGCAAAUGUUGGAGUUUGAUGAUCAAAAUAACAUCAAAGGAACAAUUGAGAAAUUUUUGAGCCUGUUGCCAGCCAACCUAACCGAGGCGUUUCCCAGUCUACACACUUUCACGCUGCCGCAUUCGGAACUGGUAGGCACCAUUCCAGGAGCGUUGCUGAGCACAUUGGCACCCACUCUGCGCAAGUUGGAUCUCAGGGAAAACUAUUUCACUGGUGCUGUUCCCAGCGAACUGGGGCUCUUGCACAAGCUUGAAUCACUGAGUUUGACAAUGAACAAAUUGGAAGGAGACUUGCCAGAGGAACUCGGGACAUUGACUGCGCUGAAAGAGUUCACUUCGGACCAAAAUCCAGACAUUGAGGCUAUUCUGCCGUCCGGAUUCUGCAGUGAAGAAAGCAACCUGACAACCCUCAUUACUGAUUGGUGUCCGACUGUGGAGCAAUGUUGCUCCACAGUCGGACACAACUAG